AGUGACGUCAUUCUCUUUGUAGAACACCUCGUGCUAGUUUGUGUUUUAGGAUAAAAAUCCCAAAAACACACUUGUUACGCUAUAAAACCUAAAAAAAAAUUUAAAACCGCCUAAAAAACGUACAAAAAAAGUACAAAAUCGCAAAACCUUUGUAUUCGAUUCUUUGAAGUGGAACGUAAUACGAAAAAAGAAAACAAUGAACAGCUCGGGCUCAACUAAUUAUCCGAUGGCAUCUUUGUACGUUGGUGAUCUUCACCUCGAUGUUACGGAAGCUAUGCUUUAUGAAAAGUUCUCCCAAGCUGGUCCUGUCCUCUCAAUCAGGGUGUGCAGGGACGUCAUCACCCGUCGUUCGCUCGGAUACGCCUAUGUCAACUUUCAACAGCCAGCUGAUGCUGAACGAGCCUUGGACACAAUGAAUUAUGACCCCAUCAAAGGUCGUCCCAUUCGUAUCAUGUGGAGCCAACGUGACCCAUCUCUUCGUAAAUCUGGUGUCGGAAACAUCUUUAUCAAGAACUUGGAUAAAUCUAUUGACAACAAAGCUUUGUAUGAUACUUUCUCUGCUUUUGGAAACAUUCUGUCUUGCAAGGUGUCUUGUAAUGAAAAUGGUUCAAAAGGUUACGGGUUCGUCCAUUUUGAAACUGAGGAGGCCGGAAUAAGAGCUAUUGAGAAGGUGAAUGGAAUGUUGUUGAAUGACAAGAAAGUGUUCGUUGGAAAGUUUUUGACAAGAUCUGAACGCAUCAAGAAGAUGGGUGAACGGGUUCGUCAGUUCACCAACGUUUACAUCAAAAACUUCGGUGACAAAUACGAUGAAAAGACGCUCCAAGUCAUGUUUGAGAAAUACGGCGUUGUGAAGAGCGUUGCAGUCAUGCGCGACCGAGAUGGCAACUCCCGUGGUUUUGGAUUCGUUGCGUACGACAGUCAUGAGGAAGCUCAAGCGGCCGUUGAAGCAAUGAACGGGCAAGAGAUUGAAGGAGCAUCAGGUUCCACCGAUAUCUUGUACGUCGGUCGUGCGCAGAAGAAGCAGGAGCGACAACAAGAACUACGUGGUCAAUACGAGCAGCAGAAACAGGAACGCAUUCAACGUUUCCAGGGUGUUAACCUCUACGUUAAGAACCUUGAUGAUAAUGUCACCGAUGAUGAGCUCCGUGAAGCUUUCGCUACUUAUGGGACGAUCACAAGCGCUAAGAUCAUGUCUGAUGGUGAAAGAUCCCGUGGGUUUGGCUUCGUUUGUUUUAGUUCACCCGAAGAAGCCACGAAGGCCGUGACAGAGAUGAAUGGAAGAAUUGUGGGGACCAAACCUUUGUAUGUUGCGCUUGCUCAACGCAGGGAGGAUAGGAAAGCACAUCUAACAGCGCAAUACAUGCAACGAAUGACGUCUAGCAUGGGAGUUAGAAUGGCAACGCCAAACCAGAUGAUUGGCCAGCCCUUCCAAGCAGCAGCUGGCGCUUCAGGUUAUUUCAUGCCAUUCCAGGGAGCACAGAGGACUUACAUGCAGAGUCAGAUCAUUAGAACGACACCAAGAUGGCAGCACAACCCACAAGGAGGCUUCCAGAUGGCGGGUGACAUGCGCUCUGUUGGACCCCGUGCACCCACAACCCCGGCUAUUAGACCCAUGGCCACCCAGGUUGGGGCGAGAGGGGUCAUUCACCCACAACACCAGAUGAUGCAUCAACAAGCCAUGCAACAGCCUGCCUUUAAGUACACCCAGGGUGUUCGAAACCCAGCCAUGGCUGGAUAUCCACAGUCAGGUCAACCACAAGCCCAACAACAAGCUGAUCAAAGUUUGCAACAAGCUGUCCAUGUACAGGGACAGGAACCUUUGACAUCGAGCAUGUUGGCUUCCGCUCAACCACAAGAACAAAAACAAAUGCUUGGUGAGAGGUUGUACCCGUUGAUUGAGCAAAGCCACCCCGACCUUGCAUCUAAGAUCACCGGAAUGCUGCUCGAGAUUGACAACUCUGAGUUGCUUCAUAUGUUGGAAUCUCGCGAGUCCUUGAAGGCUAAAGUUGAGGAGGCCGUGGCGGUGUUGCAAGCCCAUCAAGUAAAGGUUGCUCAAGCGUCUCGUCGUCCUGCUAAUGCUACACCAGCUGCACAAGCACCUGCUGCUUUGCCAACUGAAGGCCCUGCCCCUAUCGCUGUUGGGGGCGCUCAGGAAUAAAUAUGCUGCUCUUUUUACCAAAUAUUUUAAAAACCUGCACCAUUUGGGCAUCU